GAAGGUUGGUGUCUGUACGAAUGGUUGGAAUGUGCUUUUGGCGUACAUGUUAUGCGACAAAUUGGAUUCUAACACUCGAAAGGAAUGGGAAACUCAUCAUCGAAGUAGUGAAGUAGCAGAUUAUGAGGAUUUGGUGAAUUUUCUGCGACAGCACCAGCUAUGGUCCUACAAGCUUUGCCCAGUGCAAAGGAAACUGCCCCUCACGCACACACUAACCACGGUCGACAAAAAUGGAAGCAAGCGUGUGCAACCGUAAACGUAAUAGAAAAGAAAUGUACAUUCUGCAACCGAGAGAACCAUUCCGCCUUUAAGUGUGACACCUUUCGAAACCUGCCUGUAAAUCAACGGUACGACAAAGUGAAAGAGAAAGGACUUUGCAUAAAUUGCUUGGCACCAGACCAUCGCGUACGAGAAUGCACCUCCUGCACGUGUCGUGUGUGUAAGCUGAAGCAUCACACUAUGUUACAUCGGACGCCGAUUGAAUCAUCGUCUACAGUUGCCGCGAGUGUUCCAGAGAGUACGGUGACAACAUCAACGAGAGCGACAUCUUUCAUCGAACCGAACAAUACGGUGAUGCUGACCCCGACCGCGAACCAACUGGUGCCUACAACAUCUAUAUUGUUGCCAACUGUCCUGCUAACUGUCGUCGCAUCGAAUGGCAACAAAAUGAUCGCACGCGCAUUACUGGAUGGAGGAGCGCAAGUGAAUCUCAUCACCGAACGUUUAGUGCAAGGUUUACGAGCACAAAGGCUACGAGAUCAUCUCGCAAUUGGAGCAGUUGCACGUGCUACCUGAGAUCAUGUGGAACCUUCCGUCAGUUAAGGUUGAUCAGCAACAAUGGGAACUACCACCGAACGUUAAGCUAGCUGACCCAACCUGUGCAGAGAUUGGCGCAAUCGAUAUGCUUCUCGGAAGGGAGGUGUAUAAUGAAAUAUUGUUGAACGGAUUAGUUAGGCUACGAUCGGGAGAAAAUAAUUUGUUACUGCAAGAGAAUUUAUUUGGAUGGGUAGUGUCGGGAAAAUCUAUGAUAUGCAGAAGUUUAAAUCAAAGAAGUCUGGUUAACGUAGUGUGCAUCGAUGAAUCGUUAGAUGAGAGGCUAAAGCAGUUUUGGGAGAUAGAAGCGUGCCAGUCAGGGAAUAUGUUUUCGCCUGAAGAAUCGAAAUGCGAAGCGAUAUUUGAAAGCACUACAAAACGGGGAAUCGAUGGUAAAUUCAUAGUAGCAUUGCCGAAAGAUAUGGAAAGGAUUAGGAGAAUAGGAUCUCUUACGAAAUAGCAAAAUGUCGACUCCACUUGCUGAAUCAUCGUCUAAGCGCCAACCCUGAGUUGAAACAACAGUAUCAGGAAUUUUUAGAUGAAUAUUUAGAACUCAAUCACAUGGAAGGGAUUAGUUCAAGCUCUUAAGUCAUAAACGAACCCACGUAUUACAUGCCACACCAUUGCAUUAUUCGUCCGGACAGCCUUACGACCAAACUGAGGGUUGUUUUUGAUGCCUCUUGUGCAACUGAGUCUGGAGUUUCACUAAGGCCCGUGUCUGUGCUCCAUCGGAUGCGAUUUUAUCGGAAGGCCUGUCAAAAUUUUAUAUGGAAUUUGACAGAUAACG